AUGAGCUCACAGAGCAACAAUCGCAGAUUAUUUGAGUAUACUUCCGGCCGAUUCCUGUUCAAUGAGGACCUUCGCCUUUCAGAACGCAGAGUGCAAUUUGAUCGCGAUGCUCUCGCUGCUGCCAUAUGUCAUACUAUCAGCCGGCCGGCAUCCGACCUUACCUCAAUUACAAAGCUCGCUGAAGGAGGAUUUAACCGUGUAAUACAAGCGACAUUCAAUGACGGCUACGCAGUUCUUGCUAGAAUACCUUAUCAUUCACUAACUCCAAAACAUCAUGCUGUUGCAAGCGAAGCUGCUACGCUUGGCUUACUACAUUCACGCGGCGUGCCCGUCCCGAAAGUACUCGGAUAUUCUCCUGAUCACACAAAUCCUGUUGGUGUUGAAUAUUUGCUUCUAGAGAAAAUUGAUGGCGAACCCCUUGGAGAUCGGUGGUUCACGAUCGGUAACAAGACUCGUGUUAAGAUCAUGAAGCAGAUUGUUGAAGCGGAGGCGCGGUUUAUGAACAUUCCGCUUCCAGGGAGUGGCAGCUUAUAUUACCGUAAAGACCUUGGGCCGUCAGAGUCGAGUAUCCCUCUAUCUGAACAAACCACUCCGGAUGAGAUCGUUAUUGGCCCUAUCGCGCAGUAUGAAUGGUGGUAUCAGGAGCGAUCGUCAAUAAACAUUGACCGUGGCCCAUGGAAAGCAUUCUUGGAAUGUUUUGAGGCACCAGCAAAGCGUGAGAUUCAGUUCUGUGAACAGUUUGGCAAGCCUCGCCUCCAUGUGGAACGUUAUCUACGCGAACUAUAUAAAUUAGAGAAAAUGACACCGACUACCCAUAUCCAGAACUUGUCUAGAUACCUCCAACUUACACCAUAUUUGGAUAUCCCGUCGGAUCACCCAUUUUCUCGACCAGUUCUCCGACAUCCAGACUUCUCGCCUAACAAUAUCUUGGUUAAUUCAGAAAAUGAAAUAGUAGGGAUUAUUGAUUGGCAGCAUGCUGUGGUUUUACCCCUAGGUUUAUGUGCAAAUAUCCCUGCAUAUUUCCAAAAUUGGGGCGAUCCGGUAUCAGAAAAACUGGCAAAACCAAUGGUCAACCUUCCAGAAAAUUUUCAUACCCUGAGCGAAGCUGAACAAGAAUCAGUGAAAGAAACGAUGCGAAAACAAAUAUCCCACUUUUAUUACGCUGCCUUAACCAUGAACCAGUUACCAGAUCAUUUUGACGCUUUACGGAACUACAACUCUAUGCUUCGGGCGAAGCUCUUCACUCUAGCCGGUGCUCCCUGGGAAGGCGACAGUUUGUCCAUGAAACAUGCAAUGAUUGAAGCGUGUCAAAAGUGGCCGAUGGAGCUCGGCGAUGCACCAUCCACAAAGCCCGCCAGCUGCCCCGUACAGUUCGGCAAGGAGGAAAUUAUUCAGUGCAUGGCUGAAUAUGAGCAGGUACAAGAGAGAUUACAGGACUUAGCAGAGAUGAGAGCCUGCGCAGGCGUAGACUCAGUCGGCUGGGUCCCAGAUGACGAGCAUCUUGAAAAGUCGAAGGGUAUCGCACGCAUGAUCAAAUCGGGGCUUUUAGAGCAUUCCACCACCGAUUUGGAAAAGGAGGCUGUACGAAACCAUUUUCCUUUCGAUGACCACAGUGAAGACGUUAGAGCAUCAACCUUGUGA